AAUCUAUGUCGAUCCACAACGUUCAGGGCUCCCCGGUCUCAUCGGUGACCUCGACCGAUUCACCACCCCAGCAGGCGGCCCGGCCACCCUGUGCGGCAUGCAGGCAGUCGCGGCGUAGGUGCCAGCCGGACUGCGUGUUCGCGCCGGUCUUCCCCCCGAACCAAUCUCAGAAGUUCAUGAAUGUGCACCGGGUAUAUGGCAUGAGCAAUGUGGGGAAGCUGCUGGCUGAGUUGCAGCCCCACCAGAGGGCAGCUGCAGCUGAAUCACUGGCCUAUGAGGCCGAAAUGCGCCUGCGCAACCCUGUGUUAGGCUGCGUUGGCAUCAUCACUCUUCUUCGGCGGCAUCUCCAGGGGCUGCAGCUUCAACUCGAAGCUGCUAAGGCGGAGCUGUCUCAAUACCAACAUAUGAGUAAUGGAGGGCUCAGGCAUGGGGUGGUUGGCGGCGGCGGCGGCGGUGGCGGCAUGCAGGGGGUGAUGAAUGAUGAAGCUGGAGAGCAUUGGGAACAAAAGCGGAUGGUGAUGGGGCAUGAUGAUCAGGCCGUGAUGGCUUCAACGCAGCAAGGAGCAGUCAUGAAUGCAUCAGCCAUGAGGAAUAACCAAUCUAAUGGGCAGAUUGCAGGGCCUAAUGGUGCUCGGGUCGAUGGCCCCAACCGCUUAUUGGGUAGUUAG